AUGCCGCGGUCUGUCUUCCCUCUGCCAGGUGUUGAACAUGGUCGACGACUGCUCCCUGCCGUGAUCGAGCAGCGAGCCCAGAAACCAGUGGAUCCGCCAUGGAUAUCGGUCCCCGUCAACGAAGAGGACUUGUCGCAAGGAUACACCGAGAUCAGCUACAAGCAGCUGAACAAUUACGCCAACCAUGCGGCACACUGGCUGAGCCAGAAUUUGCCUCCAACAUCUGAGCCGUUCCAACGCAUCGCCUAUGCCGGUCCCAAGGAUCUCCGGUAUCCUAUCCUAGAGGUUGCGGCUGCAAAGUUGCAGAAAGUGUUCGUCCUUCCUUCGCCAAUGAUCACGGCCGAGGCGCAACGGCGCAUCCUCGAGCACACCAACUGCACUGUGUACUUGCGGGCGGCCUCGAUGACAGCCUUCGUUGAUUCAGUCCUGAGCGAGGCUCCGCAUGUCCAGACCGUCACUGCCCCGGAUCUCGAGCAGAUCAUGCAGGAGGCCGAGGCCCCCCCGUAUGUGUACAGCAAGACAUGGGAUGAGGCAAAGGAUGACCCCUGGCUGGUCUUCCACACGUCUGGCACAACUGGUCUACCCAAGCCCGUUACCUUCACCCACCGCAUGCUGGCCAGCUCCGAUCAUGCGAUGUCCUUGCCAAACCUUGAGCCUAACACCAUGCAGAACAUUGCCGAGGAAAGAUGGUAUACGCCUCUGCCGUCGCUCCAUUUCGCGGGCACCUUGAUGUCCCUUGUCAUGGCCACAUUCUUCCACAUGACCCUCGUCAUGGGACCAUCGGCGCCCCCAUCCCCAGACGUCAUGGCAGACACCAUCCGCUAUGGCCGUGUCGAUGGCGUCCUCUUCCCGCCGGUGCUCCUUGAAGUGCUCUGCCAGAGCCCGAAGGGCCUUGCAGCCCUGCGCUCGCUGAAGCAUAUCAACUAUGCGGGGGCGCCUCUCUCCGCUCAAGUCGGCGAGCAGUUAGCUCCCUACACACACCUGGCCCCGGCCAUCGGCAGCACCGAGGCCGGGAUCUAUUUCACCGUGGAUCGACAUGUCUCAACCGACUGGGACUACGUGGCGUUCCAGAAACACGCCGGCGCAGUCUUUGAGCCCCGGUUCGACAAUCUGCACGAGCUGGUGUUGGUGCGGCAACCCGACUGCCUCCUGCAACAAAUCUUCAUGCUGUAUCCGGACCGCGACCGCUUCGAGACCAACGACUUGUGGGUCGAGCACCCCGUCCACAAGGGCCUCUGGAAGGUCGUCGGCCGCUGCGAUGACUACGUGACUCUGUCUCAUGGCGACGGCCUGCAUGCCUCGUCCCUGGAGCCCGAGAUCGAGGCCCAUCCCCAGGUGCAGCUCGCUUUGAUAGGCGGACCAGGUCUUUCGGCUCCGGUGCUUCUGGUUGAGCUGGUGCCCGAGGCGAAUGGGACGGACCGUCAGCAGCUGCUGGCUUCUUUGCAGCCGUAUAUUGAUCGGAUUAAUGAGCGUUGCCAUGAAUGCGUGAAACUGUCGCUGGAUCGCCUCAUUAUUGCACCCCAGGAUAAAUCGUUUCCUCGCACACUGAAGGGCGGUGCAGCCCGGGUGAAGACUUUGAAACUGUACGAGCAGGAGAUUUCUGAUUUGUUCCCGGAUGCGGUGUGA